AUGGACAGUGACGACGAGCCUCUCACCCUCUCUUCUCACGCUCUCGCGGCCCUGGCUGAGUUCAACGCCGAGAAAGAUGCCCAUCAGGAAAAGUUUGAGAAACUCAAGGCGCAAGCCGAGGCCAAUGCUGCCGGCGGUGCUCCUCUUUCCAUGGAGGCUUUCACUGAAGACUGGAACGAGUCACAGUUUUGGUAUUCCGACGAGACGGCAAACCUGAUCGCCGGCCAGCUCCUAGAGGGUGCUGGCGAGGGCAUGACCAUUGGCGUUGUGUCUGCGCCCAGCGUGUUUGUUGCGCUGCGGAACUUGCUAAACGCCCGCGGUCACACUCUGGGACGGCCUAAGGUUUUGCUCCUUGAGCACGACAUGCGGUUCAACGUUUUCCCCGAGUUUGUCUUUUACGAUUUCCAGCAGCCGUUCAAGCUUCCAGUUGAGCUGAAGGGCGCGAUUGAUCGCAUCGUUUGCGACCCCCCGUUUCUCAGCGAGGAUUGCCAGACGAAAGCUGCCAUGACGGUGCGGUGGAUGAUGAAGUCUAACCCCACUUCCAAGGGACGAGUAGUUGUCUGCACAGGCGAGAGAAUGGAGAGUCUUGUCAGCAAGGUUUACAAGGCACUGGGCGUUAAAACCACGACUUUUGAGCCCAAACAUAGCAGAGGUCUUAGCAACGAGUUUUACUGCUACGCCAACUUUGAGUGCAAAGACUGGAAGUGGAGGAAUGAGGCUAGUUGA